GCUGUCACCGCUGUCUUGAGGCGGAUAUCUAGCGCUAAACAACAGGCGGGUGAGGCGACUAUCUGAACUGUAAUUGGAAGGGAGGACAAAAGAAACAUAAGCGUGACGUGAAGAACAGCGGGAAAGUUAUCACCUAAAGAAAAGUAUUCGAAAAUGGUUGGCUGGCAGCUGAACCUCGGCCCGCUGAAGGAGCCCCUGGGAUUUAUCAAAUUAUUGGAAUGGUUUGCUGCAAUUUUUUCAUUUGCCACUUGUGGUGGCUACAGUGGCAAAACUGACAUAAUUGUGAAUUGUGUAGAAAAUAAAACGGCUGCUGCUUCAUUUAUGUAUCCAUUUAGAUUAAAUGUUCAGACGUUUGAAGGGAUACCUGAACAUUUCUGUAAUCAAACAUGGAAAGAAUUGCACCUUACUGGGGAUUAUUCAUCCCCAGCCCAGUUCUAUGUUGCUAUUGGAGUUUUCGCUUUUCUUUACUGCAUGGCUGCUCUUGCAUUUUAUCUAGGUUUAAUGCACUUGUAUCGGGACUCUCCAAAAUUUCCAUUAUGUGACUUCUUCAUUACUGUUGCCUUUGCUUUAAUGUGGCUGGUUAGUUCCUCAGCUUGGGCUAAAGGUUUGACAGAUAUUAAAAUUUCCACCAGCCCUCACAAUAUUGUGCAAAAUCACUGCCCACUAAAUUACAAAUGUCUGCCUGGACAAGAAUCGCCCAUGGGAAGUCUGAACAUCUCUGUGGCUUUUGGAUUUUUGAAUCUGAUCCUGUGGGCAGGUAAUGCUUGGUUUGUAUACAAGGAGACCAGUCUACAUUCCCCACCGCAACAACCAAACCCUGAGCAAGACCCUGGAAAUGUUUCUCCGUGAAAGUAAAGAAGAUGCCAAUUUAUAUUUGAUGGCCAACAAUCUGGUGUUUUCAAUGCUAAGAAUUGCAUUGUGUUAAUACAUGUGUGGAUACAUGGUAUUCAUGCCAGGAUUUCUCUUUCUGAAAAACAGGCCUUACAAUGUACUUCAAGCAGGUUUUCCAGUUACAGAACAAUGUUUUGUUGUGAAAAGUGAUGUACUGCAGUUAAUUGGCUUUGAAACACUAAGGUUUUUAAGAGUGCAAACACUGAUAAAUAUUUCUUCAAUAUAUGUUUUUGAAAUAUGACAAUAUAUAGUAAUGUACUAACUGGAGUACCUAUUCUGAUGUAACUAUUAAAAAAUUGGGGUUUUCUCUUAAACCAAAAUCUUUUGUCGUGUAAUACUUAAGUUUAGUAUAAAAGCUUACCAGUAUACAUGCUUUUUUAUAUCAGUUGUUUUACUUUUUUUUUCUUGUUUUAUUGCACAACCCCAAGUUUCUUUUACAUGUACUAUUUCUUAGAGCACUGUUAAAAUUGUCAUUGGGAAAAGAUGGUGCAGGUAUAAUGAUGUACAAACAAUUACAGUCCUGUUGAAGCUUUUGCCAUAAGCUUUUGUGUAGAAAAAACUAUCUUGUUUCUUUCCCAGUACAGUUUAUAGGCCUCCAGUUUCUCUCCAUGCUGUUGUAUAUGGAUUAUUGUUCUGAACUCGAUAAAAAUAUUCUGUACAUGCUGACGCCAUAUUAAAGAUACGUUUGUGUUUCA